AUGCCUGUUAAUCUGACGCCGAAUGCAAUAGCGACGAUAAACGGCGGCGAUGUGAACUUGAAGCCUCUGGUUCAGGUUUUAGAUAUAAAACAAAUGGGAAGCGCGCAGGAGAGGUUCAGGAUCCUCGUCUCCGAUUCCGUGUUGACUCAGCACGCCAUGCUGGGUACUCAGCUCAAUGACCGAGUCAAGACUGGCCUUGUCAAGAAAGGAUCUGUUAUUCAAUUGAUCGAUUACAUUUGCAGCGAAGUUCAAAAGCGCAAGAUUAUUGUUGUGCUCAACUUGGAAACUAUAAUUCCAGACUGUGAAAUAAUUGGAAAUCCGAAAAUGUUUCCUGAUGCUACUGCUCACAAGACACUGCCUAAUACCAACUCGGUGCAGCCAGCUGGGGUUGUUGGUUAUAACAAUCUGAGUUCUCAAAGUCAUGGAAAUAAUAUGAGCAGCAUCCAGCCUGCUUUGAGCAGCCAAAAUCAUGGUGGAAAUGUGCAAAGUUUCCGGCCCACUUUGAGUACUCUAAAUCAGGGCAGUAAUAUGCAGAGUUUCCGACCUGCUUUGAGUGCCCAAACUCAUGGUAAUGAUGUGCAGAGUUUCCGACCGACUGUUCAACCUCCAUACCAACCCCCUCCAAGUUACAGAAAUCAUGGUGCAGUUAUGAAGAAUGAGGCACCAGCACGGAUCAUUCCUAUCAAUGCUUUGAAUCCAUAUCAGGGGCGCUGGGCUAUCAAAGCCAGGGUAACUGCUAAAGGGGAUCUUCGUCGCUAUAAUAAUGCUCGUGGGGAUGGGAAGGUCUUUUCCUUUGACCUUCUUGAUUCUGAUGGAGGUGAAAUACGAGUGACCUGCUUCAAUGCUGUUGUUGACCGCUUCUAUGAUGUUAUUGAAGUUGGUAGGGUUUAUCUGAUUUCAAAAGGUAGCUUAAAACCUGCUCAGAAGAAUUUCAACCAUUUGAAGAAUGAGUGGGAGAUAUUCUUGGAGGCAACUUCAACUGUGGAUCUUUGCCCCGAAGAGGAUGGUUCCAUACCACAACAGCAAUUUUCCUUCAAACCCAUCAGUGAAAUUGAGACUGCUGAAAACAACUCCAUAUUUGAUAUUAUUGGUGUUGUGAUAUCUGUUAACCCUUCAGUACCUAUAUUAAGAAAGAAUGGUAUGGAAACUCAAAGAAGAAUUCUGAAUCUGAAGGAUGGUUCUGGCAGGACAGUUGAGCUAACCCUUUGGGGGGAUUUCUGCAACAAGGAAGGUCAAAAGCUGCAAGAGAUGGUUGAUUCUGGGUCUUUUCCUGUUUUAGCUGUUAAAGCUGGGAAGGUUAGUGACUUCAAUGGAAAAUCCUUGGGAACAAUUUCUUCUACUCAGCUCUUUAUAAAUCCAGAUAUUCCUGAGGCUCGUGACGUGAAAGACUGGUUUGAUCGAGGAGGCCAUGAUGUUGCAUCUGUUUCUAUUUCCAGAGACUGUGUGUCAGGAGGACCCAAAAAUGAGAUUCGCAAAACUGUGUCUCAGAUCAAGCAUGCAGGUCUUGGAAGAUCAGAUAAGCCUGAUUGGGCCACUGUGAGGGCAAGUAUAAGUUUUAUCAAAACAGAUACCUUCUGUUACACAGCUUGCCCUUUGAUGAUUGGAGAUAGACAGUGUAACAAGAAAGUUACAAGAUCUGGAAACUCAAGGUGGCAAUGUGAUAGAUGCAAUCAAGAAUUUGAUGAGUGUGAUUAUAGGUAUCUUCUUCAAGUUCAGAUUCAGGACCACACGGGAUUGACUUGGGUAACAGCAUUCCAGGAGUCUGGGGAGGAGAUAUUGGGCUGCCCAGCAAAGGAACUGUACUUGUUGAAAUAUGAAUUGCGUGAUGAUACCAGAUUUGCAGACAUAAUCAGGAGCCGACUCUUUUGCCAGUAUCUUUUCAGGCUUAAGAUCAAAGAGGAAAUGUAUGGCGAUGAACAAAGGGUGAAGAUAACUGUUAUUAAGGCUGACAAGGUGAACUAUUCUUCAGAGAGCAGAUACAUGCUUGAUUUGAUUUCAAAAGUUCGUAGAUAUUGA